AGUGAUAAUGGUUAUAAGACGAUUCUCUCACCAAAUUACGCAAGUGAGAUUAGCAGAAUACCCGGUCUCAGUCUCAGCAAAACGAUAGUCCAAGAAGUUCACAGUUCACUCAAGGCCUUUGAUCCAUUUCUUCAACUCGAUUCUGGGAAUGAAAUUUUCCAAGAUGCGGUGCACAUGAGAUUGACACAGGCUCUGGGCGUUACUUACGAGCUCUUCGUAGGCGGCGUUACAAAGCCUCUGUCGGAUGAGGCUUCCAUUGCCCUUCUCAAGGUUUGGACCGACGAGGAUGGCAUUUUAAAUUUACCAUCCUCUUCGAAAUAUUUCCAAUGGCCUGACGACUUAUCUAGAGUGGCAUGA